AUGUAUUCUAUUGCAUUUUAAUUAGCUGACCUCAUAACGCAGGUUGAGAUAAGUUCGAAGAUAGACGAAGGAAAAAGAUAGCUAUCAACAUUGAUAUUAGGUUAGGCUCAGUAGAUUCUUAAAAAUUAUAGUUCAUAACAAAACCAAAUUAAGGUUAAGAUUACCUAGUCAUUAUUCAAUUUGCAAAGAGAUACGAUAAGGACUAUUUAAGAAGUGCACGAUGCAUUUAGUUUAAUAGAAUCGAUAAAAUGGCCAUGCAAAGGACAAACCUAUAAGCAGUACGACAAACAGCUACGUGCUUUGGAGAAGUAGUGCUUCUUUUGGGAAUAAGUGUUGUUGUUAGAAAACAGAACGCCGAAUUCGACAUGUUAGAAUGAUUUCAAAUUACGGUUAAAUGAAUGGUUUGAGCAAUUCACCAACGAUAUCAGAACAAAGAAUUUCGAUACCAUGAAAAAAUCUAAAAAAGGUUAUUUGGAUACACAAUUGAAGACUGCCCAUGAAUUGUAUGUGGGAUUGGGAACCGAGAGAAAUAGAGAAGGCGCAUUAUAAAUAUACAAAAGGUUGGCAGAGGAGAACCAUCCGAUAGCAUAGGCAAUAAUGGGAUAGAUUUUAAUGGAUGGAGAAGUAGGAGAAAAAGAUUAUGAUCAGGCUUUUAACUACUUGAAAUUGAGUGCCGACCAAGGACAUACAUUCAGCGUCUAUUGGGCAUCUAAAUUAAUAUUGGAAGAAAAAGUUUUUGAUAAAUUUUUUGAGAAGGAUGAUCAAUAGAGCAGAAAAUCAAGUGUGACAGCUAUCAAAACUAAGGAUUGUGAUUUGGCUAUCAAAUUAUUAAGAAAGGCUGCCGAAUUGGAACAUGUUCCUUCAAUGAAUUAUCUGGGAGACUUAUACACAUCUGGUUUGGAAUUAUAAAAUUAUUCUUUGGAGAAGGACUAUUAGGAUGCUGAAUACUUUUAUAAACAAGCUCAAAAAAAGAAUUCAGUUGAAGCUACUUAUAAAUUGUCUUUGCUUUAUUAAGAGAUGAGCAAGACUAGCUUAAACAAAAAUAGAAAGCAAUUAAUUUACCCAUUACUCAGUCAAGCCAAGAACUAAGACUAUUUACCAGCAUUUUACGAUCUUGGAAUUUUGCUGUUAAAUGGCCUAGGUGAGGAAUUGCAGGCCAAUCCAAUGAUGGCUGACUUAAUCUUCGAAUAAGGGGCACUUAGUGGCGAUAUUAAGUGCGCUAAAAAAUUACUUAAUCUUCGUUUUCAAAAUUUACAGAGAGAGGAGGGUUCGAUAAACGAUUUCCUUUCUCUGUUGGAUUAGUUAGAGGAUAUUUUGAAGGAUCAAUCUAUCAUUAAUUACAUGAGAGGUAAGAUUUACUUUAAGGGGAUAUUAUGUGAGAAGAAUAUGUAAAAAGCGGUCGACUAAUUUCGAAUAGGAUCAUGGAGAGGCUGUCUAAAAUGCAGAGCCCAAUUAGAGAAGAUCUUCAAGGACAAAGAGGAGUUGCCAACCAGUUCACAAUAGUCAUCCCUUCAGAAACUCAACAUCUAAGGAGGAUUUAUCGAUUCAGUGAAACAGAGUGACUUAAGAAAAGCAUAUCAGAUACAGAAGGGGAAGGUUUCAUAGAACAAUAAAUCAAUUCCCUUUGAAUAAGAGAAUCAAUCCACUCGAUAAGAUAGACAUACCAUAAUGACGAUAAGCAUAGUUAAACCCAAUGAAGUCAAUGAUCCAGACAGAAAACGAGGGGGCUCUGAAUAUAAUAGUUUCAAAAGAGUAGAAAGCAGUGUCAUGCUUUCCUAAUUAAAACUACAAAUUCAAUCACCAUAAUAAUAGCAAUAAUAAUCGUCUACCAGAUUUGAUCAGCAAUAAUAAUCAUAAUAUGGAUCUCCUCGUCAACCCUCGUUAAUUAAUAUCUCUUCAAAUUCUUCAAAGAAAGAUCGCUUUAAUUUUAGUAAAUUACCUAGCCAUCGAUCUAUUAAUUCUUCAAAAUAUCUAUUCAACUAACCUUGA